AUGGAAAUAUGGUUAAGUGAUAAAUCUAUGAGUCCUUAUCAUGUAACCUACCUUGGAUCAAAGUCACAAAAUGAAUUUAUUGAGUUACUUGCUGCAGAAAAUCGUCAAACUGUCAUACAAGAAAUUCAGGAUUCAGAAUUGUUUGCAGUUAUAUCUAAUACUACACCAGACAUAUCAAUGAAAGAUCAAUUAGCUGUAGGUUUAAGAUAUGUUGAUAAAAAAGGAACAACAAAUGAGCGUUUAUUGGAUGUAGUUGAAUCUUCGAAUAAAACUGGGUAUGGAACAGCAAAAUCUAUUUAUAACUGUCUCAUAAAAUAUGGAAUUAAUACUGACAAUGUAGCUUUUCAAUCAUGA